AUGUCGGGCUGGACCACCGUUUGGGUGUUCCUCAUCGCUGCCGGCGCGAGCAGCGCUGUUUGGGUCACCACGCCCAAGGGACCAAAUCAAGUUCUGAUCCGCACAUCGGUAGUACUCGCUUUGACCUGCAUGUACCUCAUGUGGUUCAUCAUCUACAUGGCACAAUUACAUCCCAUCGUCAAACCAAAGCGAAGCGACGUCCGAUUCCUCGAACACUAA